AUGAAAAAUCCCGAGAGGCGUGUCAGCUACACAAUGGAGAUCCUAGCGGGGAACAGAAACGGUGCGGCUGCGCCCCUCUUCCGUAUCACACCGGAAGACGGCCCGCCAAUGAAGGGGUAUGACACGCGCGCGCUGUGGUUGGACAUCGCCCAGCAGAUUGGCGAGGUUCGGGAGCGGCUAGGCCAGGCGGGGGGCGCACCGUACUUCAAAUCUGGGCCGUCCAUGUUUGGCUUCUCCGACGUCAAGAUCGUGCCUCUCAUUGAGUCCCUCCCAAACGCCCGCGAGUGGUGCACCAACUACGCCGCCUGGCACGACGGACACCCCCCCGCCCACCCGAACACGCCCCUCUCCGCCAAGCCAAAAGCGCCCCCCCUCACAGCGAAGGCGCCUAGCGAGCCGCCCCCCGCGACGUACCAGCCCCUGAACCUGACGUUCCGGCACGACCGGUGUGCCGUGUGCUACAUCGAACAGGACUACGACGAUAACCAGCUGGUGCAGUGCGACAAGUGCCGUGUCAUGGUCCACAUGCAUUGCUACGGCGAGCUGGAGCCCCCGGACGGCGACCUGUGGCUGUGUCAGCUGUGCCAGGAGGACGCCCUCAAGGAGCCCCCGCCCUGCUGCCUGUGCCCUGUCGUGGGGGGCGCCAUGAAGCCCACCAAUGACGGCCGCUGGGCGCACCUCACGUGCGCCAUCUGGAUCCCAGAGACGUUGCUGAAGCCGCAUCAGAUCGAAAAGGUGGACGCCAUCGGAAAGGACCGGUGGAAGCUGCGGUGCUCCAUCUGCCGGGUCAAGCACGGGGCCUGCAUCCAGUGCGAGGACAAGUCGUGCAAGACCGCGUUCCACCCGCUGUGCGCGCGCGGCAGGGGCCUCUGCAUGGAGGUCGUCACCAGCAAAGACGUCCCCGCCACUAGUUACCAACGCAGCCGCGAGCGGGGGAGGACUCCGCUCCGGGGGGGGAAGAAGAGCGGGGAAACGAAGGGGGAGGAAGAGCGUAAUAACGAGAAGCGGGCGAAUAAGCUAGCGCGGGAGGGUACCGACUCGGAACGAGAGCGACGGACGGAAAGGGGAGCGGCGCAGGCGCAAAACCACGCAACGUCGGCAGGUGCGAAGCUGAGAGGGGAUUCCGAAGCUCCAGAUGUGGCGGGAGAGUGUUCCGGCGCCGCUGAGCGGGAGGAAGAAGAACACGACGAAGAGGAAGACACGCUGCGGCUGCUGGCGUGGUGUGCGCGGCACAAGCCGCCGGAGGCGGGAAAAGCGGGGCGCGUGCUGGUUAGGGAGAGGCGGGACGCGGCGGGGCCGUCCAAGGUGCGCGCGGAAGACUACGUGCCGCCUGCCAACCCGUCAGGGUGCGCCAGAACAGAGCCGUUCGACCCCGCCGCCCGCCGCGGUCAGCGCGCCCCCGAGGCCGUCGCGACCGCGCUCGCGAAGCGCCUCUUCGUGCGCCAAGUCCCGUACGAGAUCACCGGCCGCCGUCACGCCGACCGGCGGCCGGCCCCCGGCGCCGGCUCCUCCAAAACCCUCCAAACCCUCGACCGGCGAAAAGCGCACGCGGGGCCGCGCGCGGGGCUCGCGGCCGCGGGAGACGCUCUCGAGGCGGGGCCGGGGCUGCUGGGCGACGGGCCGAAGAGCGCGACGGAGCGGUACAUCAUGAUGAAGACGACGCAGGGGCAGCGGCUCGCGUUCGGCAAGAGCGCGAUCCACGGGUGGGGCGUGUUUGCGAAGCAGCGGCACGCGCAGGCCAGCUUCGUGACGGAGUAUGCGGGGGAGGUCGUGCGCCAGGCGGUGGCGGACGCGCGCGAGAAGAACCUCUACAACUCCAUCGUGGGCGCGGGCACGUACAUGUUCCGCAUCGACGACCAGCGCGUGGUGGACGCGACCAAGGCGGGGUCGCUCGCGCACCUGAUCAACCACGCGUGCGAGCCCAACUGCUUCUCGCGCGUCGUGCGCGCGGACGGCGACGAGCACAUCGUCAUCACCGCCAAGCGGGACAUCCUCCCGGGGGAGGAGUUCACCUACGACUACCGGUUCAAUUCGAAAGACGAGAUUCUGACGUGCAACUGCGGGGCGCCGAGCUGUCGGGGGACAGUCAACUUUUACGAUGAAGACGAGGGGGAUGAGUAUGGGCGGGUUAUGGCGCCCGUCUCAGAGAUCAAGCCGUGGGAUCCAACGAAACCGAUGAAGGGCGUUUAGCGCCUUUAGCAACUCUAGCCCCUGCCAAUUGGAUGAGUAGAGGGAUCAUCGUAGUUACUCUUGGUGGGUUGGGAGAUGCAACUUUUGCUAUUUGCAGUGCACGUAUCCCCCGAUCUAGGGCAACUUUACCCUCUCAUUGAAUCAGACAGAUGAUGUUGGCUCCUUAUUGAUUACCGUGCUCGAGUUUGAGC